AUCCCACCCACACAAUGCCCAACGCUCCCCAAGCCCCUCCUCUUACAGGCUACACCCUCUGGCUCUCCCCCGCCUCUCCCCAGAAAUAUCAAUUCCAAUCCCUCAUCAAGCACCUCGCAACCUUCUCCGAGGAUGCCCCUGUGUUUGAGCCCCACAUCACCCUCCUCGCCCCUGUCUCUCUGGACGUCCCCCUUGGAGAAAUCGAAGACACCUUGGGUCGGAUCGUUGCGGAGCUCGGCGGGUUGCAGGAGUGGAAGCUUCAGCUGAAGGCUGCUCAAAAGGGGGACUUUUACUUUCAGUCUGUUCUUGCCCCUGUUGAGCCCACCAAGGAGCUCUUGGCGCUGCGCGAAAAGGUGGAGCAAGCAUUCAGCGUUCCCGGCCAGAGCGAUUACUUUCCCCAUCUCAGCUUGCUCUAUGGCGACAUCAGCGCCGAGAAGCGAGACUCUAUCUCUGCUGAGGCCAACAAGGAAAGCAAGGAGGACGGUUUCGGAGAGGUGGAGAUUGGAGAGAUUGAGAUUGUGAGAUGCGUGGGGGAUGUUGCUGACUGGGUGACUGUUGGCAAGCUCACGCUCUAAGUGAUGUGAUGUAUACCGUUUUAGAUCUUAGAUAGCAUUUCAUUUCAAAUGUCAGCGUCACUUGAUGAUUCCACUCUCCAGCAUCGACGCUCUUUGCAUUGAAUCCUCGGAAUGCGGGCGCUGAUAGCGGGCGGGAUGGUCUGCGACGACAGAACUGGCCAAUCACGGAUACCUCUGUUUCAGUGUUCUUGGGAAGAGUAAGCCAGAAC